AUGGCCCUAAAUUUACAGGAUGGACCAACAAAAAAUUCCAAAGCUAGGUCAGCUUUAACUAGAAGAGCGGGGAUUUUUUCGAAUAUCUCUAAAACGGAAAAGGAACGAAUGGAAACUCUUACAGAACUACUAAAUCACUAUAGCGUUAACGGUAUCCCACCGCAGUCCGGGUUAUUGACCUUUGACACUCCUCAUGAUGACCUUUAUAAACUAGAAGAUCAUUGGAGUGAUUUUGUGGAAAAUUCUGAGGCUCUUAGUAAGAGAAUGAAGAACCAACAAGACGCUAUUUGGGAACUUCUCCAUACUGAAGUAUUUUAUAUUAGAAGGUUGAAAGUCAUCACAGAUCUUUUUCUAGCUUGUCUUUGUAACUUACAGUCUGAAGGAGUGUUAAACGAGAUUGAACCUGAGAGAUUGUUUAGUAACAUCAUAGAAGUGUACUCGGCGAACCAUCGGUUCUGGGAAAACCAUCUUUUACCAAUGUUGAACACUUCCCGAGUCAUUAAACAGCCGCUUCAGCCACUCUUGAUGAGACAAGGGUUCUUACAGUUUGACCAGAUUUUUCGUCCAUACAUCAAGUAUUGUACUGACCAAAGUAACUGCCUGCAGUAUGUGAAAGAAAGAAACAAAGACAGUGAAUUAUUCAAGGCUUACGUUGCGUGGUGCGAGACUCAGAAAGACUGUGAACGACUUCGUCUCACUGACCUGCUUGUGAAACCGAUGCAGCGACUGACCAAGUAUUCUCUGUUGUUGAAAGCCAUAAAGAAGAAAACAGACAAUGAAGGACAGUCCAGUGCAUUGUUAGAAAUGAAUGAGUGUGUGGAAAACUUCGUGUGUGUCGUUGACAGCACACUUCGACAGCAGCAUGAGAGAGAGAGACUGGCGUCUAUUCUAAACAGAAUUGAAAGCUAUGACGGAAUCGAAAGUAUUAACGACGAACUCGAAAAGAUGAUGAAGGAAUACGGUUACUUGUCCCUCGACCUCACGUGCCCUAUGCCUGGAUGCGGAAAUCAUCAAAUUAGACAGCUGUUACUUGAAGGAUCUGGUCUGAAGCUACGCGAUUCUUCUUCAAAUAAGGUGGAUGUACACUGUUUCCUAUUUACGGACCUAUUUCUUAUCUGCAAGUCUCUGGGUAAGAAAGGGGACAAAGUUCGAGUUAUCCGGCAGCCAUAUUUGGUAGACAAAUUGAGAGUUCAGGAACUCAGAGAUGGUGGAGGGUUUGUGGUGCUGUAUCUCAGUGAGCUACAAGUUGCUGUCGCUGCUUUUGUACUUUACACUUCUGAAUCGAAGAUAUGGGUAGACACGAUACGACGAUCGCAGGAUUUAUACCAGGAAGCUAAGCGAACAGCCAAGGGGAAGAAAGGACUGGGCUUUCUACAAGCAAGUUAUGAGGAAGAGGAAGAGUUUAUUUCCGCUGCCAGACUUGGUUCUCGCUCUCCUCGUACCUCUAGUCGUUCCAGUUUGAUCCAUUCCCAUAGUGGAUCUGUUGACACGAGUGAUCCCAUUUCUACAACUUCAGUGUGUGGUCCUUCCACUUGCAAUAAAGCCACAAGCUUCGAGCUAGGUGACCUAAGAAAUUCCAGUGUUAGCAGUGAAGAAGGACCAACCAAUGAAAGGGUACGAGCAAACAGCGUGGAGACUCGUAAUGGGCCAAUCAGUGUGACGGUGACAUCUCCAAGACCAGAAAGAAGAGCAUUCUUCUUACGUGGGGCAGGUUCAGGGUCUUCCACCCCCAACACCUUAUCUGUAGGACCUGCCUACCAUAUGGGUGACUUAGGGGAACUAAAAGAAAACGAGAUGGUUCAUCCACCUCCUUCCAUACAGGUACCGUUAAUUUCACCAUUAGCCAAGAAUGUUUCUCCCACUUCACGACUACCAGUUACUUCGCCAGUUUCUCCUCGUGUAGCAUCCCGUCACUGGUACUUCGGUAAUAAACCGCCUCUUCUGAAGACAAAGAAUAUAUCGGGGCUUGUGACACACAGUGCCCCGACGAGUCAGGGCCCCAGUCCCGUGCAUAGCUUCGAUAGUGACACUGUAGUCGGAAUAACCAGCUCUGAGAAGAAUACGCCAGACUCUGAAGACGAAGAACAUAAGAAAUUGCCCAUAAAGCAAGCUACGCGAACAGCUUGGCGGUACCAUACUGCUGACUCUGUGGAGAUGUUGAAAAAAGAAAGAGAAAAAGAUCAGAAUUUCCAUAAACGAUUAUCAUGGAAUCCAGGACAGCACGACAGUUGUCGUAGUGGACAAGUGGGAGAAAGCACCCGGGACAAAGUCCUUCGAAACAAAGUUGUCGACAAGUGCUUUAGUUCCGAUUCAAUGUAUAGUUCCAGUGGUGUAAGCAGUACAGGAUCUGCACAACUAAGUGUGUGUAGUGUAGAGUAUGAACCUAGUUUUGAAGGUUCAGAUAUUUCAGAGGAUCCACUAAUUCGAGAGCGAGAUUAUUACGAUCAAACAAUCCUGACUAAUAGUCAACACAGUGAUGACCACCUACAGCUUCCAACAGUCCUACUGGAGGGGGAGUGCGACCUCAGUCGAAAACCAGAAGGCGGGAAAUCAGCUGUCCAGAUUGCUGUCAAUCAAGAUUCAUCACAAGAAAUACCUUCUAUGGCGAAGCUACACAAGGUGAAGGACUUUCUCCUCAAUAAUUGGUCAGGGGAAUCUUCGUAA